AUGCUGCAUGGAGCAAAGCGCCGCCGCUGUGUCGUGCUGGCUGACGGUUCCGCCAUCGGCAGCUACCAGCGCAACUCGCACGAGACGCACACGGUUGUAAUUGAACCCUCAGGCCACACGUACUCGUACAUCCAGCCGGAUGGAACGCGGACUCGGCAUCUAACGCCCACUGCCCUCUCGAGUCAUCGGCCUUUGGUGCUCGAUACCCUCAAUCUGCGCAACAAAUUCACGGACCACGCGCCGUAUGUGCAUCUACGCCUGAUGGAUUCGAAGAAUGUAAGGCGUCUGCGUCGAAUUUGUGCGCCGCGAGCAAGAUGGCCGCGCUCAGAAGGAAACACGAAGGUCUCUAGAUUAUUCAACGACCAGGACAAGUGCUUUGAAAUGCAAUCGAUAGAGGGAGCCGCUAAAGUCCGCCUACAUACCAGUGGGAAACUCAUAAAAGUCUAUUACGUGGUGGAGGUGAAAGUAUCAGAUGAUGACAUGGAGGAGUGCAGCCAUGCGCACUAUGCAACACUGUGUCGGUCGUUUCCAGCGAGGCAGACGCCCGAAGAUUUCGCGUUCCCGGUGGGCGUUCUAUUGGCAGCCAAAUCUGCAUGGGAUAAGGACAGAGAGGCGGAAAUCGAGUACAAUGGGGAAAGUGAUGACAGUCCCGUGGUAUCUCAGUUACCGAGGAACGGCGCGUUCGCUGCACGUCCGGCAUUCUCGGUCAUUGCUACGAGUAAUGAUGGAGUGCAGGUGGAUGGAGAUAGCGAGAGUUGUUUGCCGUUAGCGGAGAUACUUCGGAUUGCUACGCUACCUUCCAAGUUGUUGUACCAACGUGUCGUGGCGGAGGUGGUUGGAGAUGAUACGACGGUGUUUGUGCAAUUGGACAACGAAGGUUUUCUCUUAACUGGAUGCGAUGGGUUUUUCACAUGGUAUGACGAGACGGGAAGACUUCAACAUCGAUUCACACGCGAAACGAUCCCACCUUCCACCACCAUUGAAACAAAGAGCUCCAGCAGCUCUGUGGCUUCAUUAUGCCAACACAUUGACUACCUCGGUCGCUUCCGUGCGUAUCGUGGCGGUCGUAUUCGAGUCGCAUUCGCUGAUCGCACCAUCCUCCAAGUGGAACGCAACGGCGAGAGUUGCUCUUUUUUCUUCCCGGACGGCAGCACCGGCCAAACCACGUUAGCAUCAGCUCCACUACGACAUCGCACCUACAUCUACCAAGCUCUGGAAUUCGGCGACUGGGCUUUUGCAUCUCAAGAAGAACGUAUGCAACGUCACGAGAAACGGCAAGAAGCGCAGGCGAUUGUUGCUCGAGAGCUGCGACGCAUUAACGUGCGCUGCGGGAUGAACAGCGAGCUCGAAGUAUACAACAAGCUCCAAGCAGCUACAUUGGCGCAUAUCGUCAGCGUCGACCAUGCUCUGCAGGCUGCAGCAUCCAUGGCAACCAAAGACACAUGA